AUGCAGGAACGUGAUGCUCAUAAGCUACAAUCACUCGGAUGCAACCAACGAUCAAAACUCAGCAUCAUGUCCAACAUUUACGGUACCCAGAAUGACGUACUUUUGCAAAGUGGUCUAGCUGAUGCCUUGGAUGAGGAAGAUUUGACGUCAAGUUGGAAAGUCUCAAGACCGUGUGGGAACAGAGAGCACCAGGAUUUCAUGAGUGGUUCAGAAAGAAUCGGUCAGAAAAGUUUAAAGCUUCUCUUGUCCUGUCUUCAAGACAAAGCCUUGGAAUUGAAGGAAGAUUCUACACGAAUGGUCUUGAAUUGAAUGCAUGUCUUUUUGCAUGUCUAAAUUAAGAAUCAAGGUGUCACAGUAUAUAUACGAAACAUACAUGUAACCAUAAAUUAAAUUUAUUAUCAUGCAAACAUGCAAAGAUUUAUUGAUUUGUAAAUUGUAAAUUGUACCCCUAUUGAACCUCUCUUUACAGCUGUAGGGUCCACAACAUGUAUAAAUUUCACCAGUCUCUGUGUAAAAAAUGGUUGACUAUUGUAUAUUCAUAAUUGUAAUUGCCCUUUAGUGUAACAUAUAUUUUUGCAUUAUUUGUUAGAUUGCACACAGCCCGAUUGAAAUAUAUAGGAACAUGCUUGAUGCAUUUGAAGAGUUUAGGUAAAAUAAUAAAUUAGUUGCUAAAACCUGGCAGUUUUACUCAUUAAAAAGAUCUUAAUUAUUAUUAAAUAUUCUUAUUAAAUUUAAUAUUUAGGCAUUUUAGGUUUGACUUGCGUGCACUAAAAGAUAUAUGCCCUGAACGUGAUGGAGAAAACAUUUAUCCCGCAUGUCCUAAGGUAUGUUUAAGUGAUGGAAAUUAGCCAUGCAACUGUAUAUUGCUGCAUCAAAUAUUCCAGCACUAAAUCUCAGUCAGUUUGUACUGUAUCUGAUGUGCAAGGUGAGCCAUGAUAAAUAAGAUACAGGCCAGAUUCAAAUGUUUUAUAAACCAUUUUGGUGAUACAAUUAAUUUGAAACAAGAAUAUUGAAGCUAAAGUUUAUGUAAAACAGGACUAAAUCAUUAUACCCUUCAAAGAUAUUGAUUAAAACUUCAUUUUGGCACCCAGCUGUACCCUACUUUAUUAUUUUACACUGCCUGGCAUGGCACCAGAUGAUUUUACUUGUCAAGGGAAGAGUGCUGCCUCUCAGUGAGUUAAUUAGUAGUAAUUAUUUUAAAGGAAAAUGGUGUUUUAUAUGAAUCGUUUGAUGCUCUUUUUGGACUACCAAGGAAGAAGUCAUCUGGCAUUGGUGUAUUGGAGCCUGUACGAUCUGGUCUUCUCUUUGCUGAUCAGCAAGUUGUAGAUAAUUUUGUCAACAAUUAUCAAGAUAAGGGUUCUGAUAGUGUAUGUACUUCUUUCAUAUUCUUACUUUAAUAUUCCAGAGUGAUUUUACAUUUCAUUUCACUAACAUAUAAAAUUAUGUACGGUAGAGUGUAUGUGAUAAGUUGUACAUGGAGAGAUUCGUUUGACUUUCAAAACAUAUUAUUUUUACCUACAUUGUAGGACUGCAACAAUUUCUUGGCCGGCAAUGCGUUGAGAUCAAACCAGAGAUUUGCAGGACUAGACGAGACAGGGAUAUUCGGUAGAGCAUGCAGACACGAAUUUCCAAAAGCUUUUGUAAAUUUAAAGCAUGGUGAAAGGUAUGUGAAGUACAGCACAAUUUACUCAUGGUGAAAUUAUUUCAGGAUACGCAAUAUCACUUACCAAAGUACUUUGUAUUUAGUUACAUCGUAUCUAGUUGUAUAUACUGUGUAUACAAGUUGUUUAAGAGUUUUUGUAGAAAUGUCCACAGACGCUGCCUCAAAAUCGUUGGACUGCAGUUUCAAUUUCGCCUAUUGAGGGCCUAUAGUUAUAUUUAUUGCAAGUACUCCUGGUUGAGUCUUAAGAAGUAAGAAUUUUCAUCUACAAAAACUUUUUCAAAUUUAGUGAGAUGCCAAAAUCCUGGUGCAUCCACGAUGAAGGUUUAUACUGCAAGAAGAAUCUGCAAAAUACCGUGUAGUUUGUGAAUGUAUGUGAAAAAAGGUUCAUUAAGAGUAGAUUAUUUAAUGCAGUGUUUCUUGUAUUUAGAAUUUCGUACGCUGUUUGGCUUAUCAACGAUAUGGUGUCGAAAGCGAAAGAGAAAAAUAUGAGCUACAGUGUUUUGUAUAUUUCUUGUAUACUUCACCAUCAUUUGCAGGUAAAUACGUCAUGGCAGAAGUACUCUCACAUUAUUUUUGUCAUACAGAACAAGUUUUUAUUAUAGUACAGCAAGAUUUACUUAAAAUGAUUUACUUUUAAUAAUUCUAGAUUAUUACUUUUGUUUAGAAUUCAGUGGAAUUCUCAGACAUUUUGGCCCAUAUCAAUUUGGCUAUCCCGGAUAUUUCACGUGUACGAUCAUAAAGCUCAAUGUCAGGUAAAUGUUCAUCCUCCUUCCAACCAACCAAGCACAGUACCAACUAAGUAUUCUUUAUGUUCAUGUAGAUUAUGUAUAGUCUUAGACAGGUGGAAGGAUGUGGCCUCACUGAUGGUGAAGUGAUCGAGCAUUUGUGGUCGUACUUGAGAGGUUUUGCAUCAAUUACUAAGGAGAUGUCUCCCUCUAGGCGAAUUGAUGCAUUAACUGAUUGCUUGCUGCAUUAUGGUCGACAAAGUAAGUCCAAACUAAGAGAGGUUAAAACGACAGAUGGUGCGAGCAAUGGAACUGCAUAA